AGAUGGAGAGGUAGCAAACCAAAGAAGGCAUUAAAAAGUUCAGUUUCCAAUUAUCUAUCAAAACCUACAAUGGAUCCUGUGGCAGUUGCCCCUGCAGUACAGCAGAACGAUGCCUUGCUUAACGUCCAAAAGCCUGGUGGCUGGGAACCAAUUAAGAACAUCAAUGACCCAUAUGUUCAAGAGUUGGGAAGGUUUGCAGUGAUGGAGCAUACACAUAACCUUUGUGGGGCAUCGUACGAGUUCAUCCGUGUCGUGAGCGGUGAGUCUCAGGUGGUGGGCGGGAAAAAAUACUGCCUUGUGAUCGAGGUGAAAGAGACGAUAAUAAUUCCGAGUAUGCCGAGUUCCAUCAAGUUUUUCAAGGCUAUUAUGCUGGACAAGGCAUGGGAGAAGUCCUGGGCGCUCUUAUCCUUUGUGCCUUGCGAACCCAUCAAUUGAAGCUAGCUAUAUAUCUAAUAUAUAUGCAAUAUGCUGCAUUAUCUUUAUCUAUGUAAUCGGAUAUGAUAUCAAAUAAAAUGACUAUCUAUGUCUACUUUUAUAAGUCCAAA